ACUCCCCUCGAAUCCAUCGACAUCGAAUCGAUGUGCAAGGUAUCCACGGGAGUUCGUCGGGUUGUAUUCGCAGCGAACGUAACGAAACGGUCGUCGCGCGUGUUCUUGCCGCGUAACCGAUUAAACGGUCGCCUCGACGAUGUUUUGCGGUGGAUAACAGCCUGGAGGCGACUGAAGAAGAAGCACCAGGGGCGGACGAAAUGUACAGACGUGAGGGCGAACAGCCGAGCAACACGCGACCGCCGCCGCCGUGGCUGGUGCGUGCGGAAGUUACGAUUCGUCAUAGCACGCCGACAACCUCGGGAUCUGAAGAAGCUCCACCUGUGGCUGUGUCGUCCACCGUCACCGAUUCCGGCGGUGUUCGUAUGGUGUACCGUUUGAGCACCAAUCAAUCGUCAUCGCCGACGAUUUCGACGUCUACCUCCGCCCAGUCGAUCCCAUCCGCGUCCUCCGGUUCGUUCGGUUUUCAACGUGGCAACAUUCUGUUCACUUCGACACCGCCACCCCGACCGAGCCCAGGAUUCUACACGAUACCGCGAUCAGGAUCGUCUGGAAACGAUGAAUCAUUGUCGUCACGUGGCAGAGGUGUUUCCGACUCGGGCUACAACAGCGAACAAUACUCGCCGCAGUCCUACUCGAGUCUACCCUCGCGUCGUCCAGCCCAACAGUACAACCGUCGAUGCAAAAGCACCUGCAGCAUCGUUCUGUCCGCCGUCGACGUGACCGACAACCUGCGAAAAGAGACCUCGAGCAAACUGGCGACCAGCGAAUCCACCAAACACACGUACGAUCACUCCUGGCGCCACCAUUCGAGCCAGCACGUGUUCGCCAGGCAUCAGUUCAGCACCGUGCCGGAAGUAUGCGAGGAUUGCACGGACGAGAACACCACGUCCAGCGCGUUCACCACGCACUUUUGCAGCAAGGAUAAAGUCAGCAGCAAGACGACCACCGUCAGCAAGGACGCCGCCUCGCAGACCACGGAUAUCGAGUCGCGGGAAUCAUCGUCGACGAUUGUCAGCAAGAGCAGAGUUCGGAGGAAAGCGGCCACUGGUGUACGUUCGUUUGACGAGCAGAAGAAGAAGAAGCCAGAGAGCGAAUCGCCCACCCCAGCGUCCGAGACCACAAGCAUCGGUCCCUCAGCGGAAUCGGAGAGGUCUGACUCAUCGACGAAAGACGACAGCGCGAAACGGAAGUCGCGUACGGUACAUAUAGAUGUCUACUGUACCGGGACAGACGACGACGAAAACUCCGACACGUCGACCGAGAACGAGUGCGACACACCGUUGACCGUGUUCGAGGAUCCAAACGUGAGAGUGACCCAUAACCUGGCGCCGGAGGAUGUUCUGCCGAGAGGAUUCCAGGACGACAAAGCGUUUCUGAAACGGGCCACGGAAAGACGAUGCGACAGCUUCAAACACGCGCCAAUGAGGAUGCCAUCCAUCGCCAGCUCGAAGGGUUACGAUAGCGACGACGUGAUGAGCUCGUUGUAUCCCUCCCAGUUUAGCUCUUACAGCGCCCUCAGGGAUCUGGACUCUGUACCGUGGUCAGCAGCGUCCUCAAACGCCGGGAUGCCAUUCGAUUAUGAUUCCGCCGCGGCGACAUCCUGCAAGGAUACGUUCUCCGACAUCGAAUCGUUGGUUUCCAGAUCGGACCUGACCCCGUGCGACAGCUUCGAGUACGCCAGUUCCAGCGAGCGCGAGAGAAUCCGUCGAAUGGAGGAAAUUUGGGCGAAGUCGGGGGAGAGGAACAAGAACUGGCGAUCGCCACAAAUCGAGCGGAAAUAUUUGUUACAGAAUCGAAAGAUGAAGGAGUAUCUAGAGAAGCACGAGGUUGGAUGGUCAUCCGCCGAUAGCGGGGAGGACACAGACGAGAGUGGCACGGUUGGCUGGAGUUUCGUCUCCAGCGAGGACAGCCAGAGGAUCGUUAAGAAAAAAUCGACCAUUAAACGGAACGGUAAAGGGAAGGCCGCUGAGAAAGAUACGACUGUCGUCGCGACAAAGAAUGAACCUAUUAAGUAUUCGCAGACCGAUCGGUCGGAAUCGACGACCAGAAGCGACUCUAUUCCACAGCCUCAUAGUCUACGCGAUCAGAUAGGACCGUUCGGCUCCAAAAGCCCUUCCCCACAUCCGUCGAAAGUAUCUUCCAGGGUCACCUCACCUUUCACGACUCCUAAAGGCGAAAGAACCGAUCAUAGUAUAAAGGCCUCUGUAUUCGGUACGGUGGUGAACGCUUUCCGGAAGCCUGGCCACCAUAUUGGUCCCUCCAAGAAUCCUUCUUGCUCCUGCGAACAUUGCAGGAGACACUUCGAAGAGCUGAACUCGCGGGAACAUUCGAGUUCCAUAAGCGAGUUCGCGCGAUGGACGGGCUUCCGGUUGUAGAACGAAUGGAAAAUCAUUUGUCCGG